AUGAUUGCUCGGGAUUUGGAGAUGCGUCGAGCGAUGAGGUGGCCCUUCUACUUCCUGUCCAGCCUGAGCCUCGUGGCUGGAAUCCUCGCGACCGUUAGGACCUAUGAGAUUUCAAAGACGACACAGCCGCCCGUCUACACCUACGACACCUUCUGCGCGACGGUGCUCGCCAUCCUGGAGCAGAACUUUGGCAUUGUCGCCGCAAACGUCCUCCCGAUGGGGCCCCUGUUCUCGCGGAGGCGACCACGAAUCAACCGCGCUCCUAGCAGAGUCAGCGGGAUCAGCAACCGGUCCGGGCACGUCGGCUGGGUGAGCUCGAACGACUCGACGACGAACCUGAAGCGGUCGUCGGCCCUGGUGAUCGAGGGUCCGCGGAGGGCGAGCUUCGAGACAUCGGCGUCGAAUCGGAGCCACCUUGACGUCGACAGCCGCUCGCUGCGCGACUCGUGGAAUGUCUCGGACGGGUGGCCGAGGGGCAUCAUCAAGACGGUCGAGGUGGAGGUCAUCGAGGAGGACCUCGCUGACAUCGAGAUGGCGCCCGGAGGCCGCUCAUCCCGGAUCAGCACCCUGACCGUCGAGCAUGACUGGGAGGCAAUGCUGCGAGCUGGCCCGACGCCGAUCCCGUCGCGAGGCCCAUCUCGUCAGGACUGA